AUGGAACAAACAAUAAUACAAACCCGAUCGUCGAAAGGCAGGACUGAGACACCGACCGAGUGGUCGCAGACGCUUUCUGAUCUGUACAAUAAAACCACCCAUUUGGCAACAACACCAGUGCAAGACUUUCAAAUCAAGACGGAUGCAUUGAUGACAAUAUUGUGUAUUGAUGGGACACUCCACGUUCCAGUUGAAUUGUCUGCGCAUGGAGUACUUGCAACAACAAAAGCUGGUGAGACUGUUUAUGUGUGUGCAACAAAGUCGUCGUUGUUGAAGAUAGUCACGCCACUCCUGACACGCCGACCACUUCUCAUCACAAAUGCAACAAUAUAUGACAUCAACGAAAUGAUAUAUGCGGCAAUGGCACUCAAAUUGCCAUCGCUUGAUGUUGCUGAGCAGACGGCAAAGUGGAUGUUUGACCACCCAUCGGAGCGUCUAGAUGGUGUUGCUGAGACGUGGGUGGUCAACACCUUACUUCGUGAGAAAAAAGAAGUUGCGUAUCAGAUCCGUGACAAUUUGAUUGUGCCACAAAAUACACAGAACGUGUUUUCGAGUAUGCUUCUUGACAAUGGAUUGACUGAUGUUGCAUGCUCACCAGAGAACAUGGGUGUUAUUGCUGGGUUUUGUGCUGAGAAUGCGCUUCGUGAAGGUGGGAAGUGGUUCAAAGAGUUACAACGCCUUUAUGUAGCUGGUGGACGAAACAAAGAGUAUAUUCUCCCAUUGUUUGUAGUAGCGUGGCGUGUGUGUUCUGAUGAGAGUGGGCAGAAUGGGUUCAUAGAAAGUGGGUGUUUGAGUGAGUUGGUUGGGUUGACAAUCAAAAACGACCGGGAGGACAUCGUGUUGACGUACCUCGAGAUAAUCACAUCGUUGUUGCAACGAGAAGAAAACGUUCCUGCUCUCGAGAAGGCAAAGGCAAUUGAAGUGACAAUGGAAAUCAUGAAGAAGCAAGUCACUAUGAAACUGAUUGAAAUUUCCGCACUUCGAGCAAUGUCACUGUACUGCGGGACUAUGGGAACCAACAACGAGUUCGUCAAGAACAAGUGGCUUAAUGUUGUAAAGUAUGUGAUGGAACUGUAUAUCCAAGACGAGAGUGUCCAGAACGUCGGGUUGAACAUCUUGAUCAAGUUAGUGAGUGAUACAACAAGUUGGCGUGCAUUUGAAGAGGCCAAGAUCGUUGACUAUCUCAUGAACGUUCUCGAAAAGAACAAAAAGUGUCCUAACGUUACCACCCUUGCGACUCAGAUAAUUCAAGAGGCGUUGAGAAACAGUGGUGGGUCUGUGAAUAAAAACAUCGACUUUGUAUAA